AUGCGUAGACGAGAGCAGCAACAGCUGCAUUUACACUCUGAAGCGCGCUCCAGGGCCGGCUUUUUGCCACUAACCUCAUCGCCUUGCUGCUGUGCAGACCAGCCGCAGCAACUGGCCGACAAAAUGGACGACCUAGAGUCGCUUGAGCUACUUUCCCUCGUGUCGAAAGUCACGUCAGAAUUACAGAAUCACUUAGGGAUUAACGAAAAGACACUGGCCGAGUUUGUUAUCGCCCAGCGUCUGGAAUGUGCGACCUUCGAGGACUUCAAGGCCAAGCUGGCCGCCGUCGGCGCCGACUUUCCGCCCAGCUUGAUGGAAAGCAUUGAUCGCCUCGUCCGGACGAUGCACCCUAAAUUCAAAGGGAAGCAGAAUGGUGACCAAAGGGAAGACCGUGAAGAGAAACCUCCCAAGUCUUUGGAAGAGAAAGCGGCGAUUUUCAAGGGGCUUGCCAUUCCCGACCGGGAGAUCGAACCCGCCGACGACAUCGAUGAUACUCUUGCUCUGCUCGAGAGCCUGGAGCCGAAGCGCGCAGAUAAGGACCGUCCAUCGAGAAAGCGCAGCCGGAGCCCAGAGGAUUACGAUGGCUCGUAUCGGAGCCGAAAGGACAGAUACCGCUCACGGUCGAGGUCACCGGCAAGGUUCCGCUCACGGUCACUGUCAAGAUCCAGGUCUAAAUCGCCACGACGAGGUCGUCGUAAGAGCAGCCGAUACGAUGAAGAUGAUACGUUUCGUCGCCCACCGCCACGGGAUUUGGACGAUGCCCCACAGCUGUACAAAAUCUAUGAUGGCCAUGUCACAGGUAUCAAAGACUUUGGCGCUUUCGUUAACUUGCAUGGAGUGAAGGGUAAAAUCGAUGGUUUAGUGCACAUUUCGGCGUUUGGGCAGCGAGUGAACCAUCCAUCGGACGCCGUGUCAAUGGGCCAGAACGUCAAAGUGAAGGUCAUCAAGAUUGAGGGCAACCGCAUCGGACUGUCGAUGAAAGAUGUCGAUCAAGAAACUGGAAUGGACCUUGCACCGCAGAUGAGGAUAGGCUCCGGCGCCAAUAUGGAGGCCUUAGGAGGCUCCAGGAGAGGCAUAGGUGGCUCUGAUGGUGCGGCAAACGGGCCGCCUCUAUCUGGAGCAACAAGACCGCAAAAGAAGAGGUUAACGUCUCCUGAAAGAUGGGAGAUCCGGCAGAUGAUCGCCGCGGGGAUUGCGAAGGCGUCAGAUUAUCCGGACCUCGAAGAAGAGUACAAUGCCACUCUCAGGGGCGAAGGUCAGAUGGAGCUGGAGGAAGACAUUGACAUUGAGAUCCGGGAUGAGGAGCCUCCGUUUCUCGCUGGACAGACAAAGCAGUCGCUCGAGCUGUCGCCCAUCCGAGUGGUCAAAGCCCCCGAUGGCUCCCUCAAUCGUGCGGCCAUGACCGGUGCCCAACUUGCGAGAGAGCGUAGAGAGGCUCGCCAACAGGAGGCCGAGGAACAGCAAGAGAAGGCUAAGGUUGACCUGUCAUCUCAAUGGCAGGAUCCCAUGGCCAAUCCCGAGCAUCGCCAAUUUGCCAGUGAUUUACGCAAGCGCGCACAAGCCCAAACCUCUUCUGAUUCUGUCCCUGAAUGGAAACGAGCCAUUGCACCAAAGAAUCAGUCGUUUGGCCCUCGAACCAACAUGUCCAUCAAGGAACAGCGGGAAUCCUUGCCUGUGUUUCAGUUCCGAGAUCAAAUCAUUCAAGCUGUUAAGGACAACCAGAUUCUCAUCGUGGUUGGUGAGACGGGUUCUGGCAAGACGACUCAAGUCACGCAGUACCUUGCAGAGGCCGGUUUCACCAAAUAUGGCAUGAUUGGAUGCACGCAACCUCGGCGUGUCGCCGCCGUUUCGGUCGCCAAGCGUGUGGCUGAAGAAGUUGGCUGUCAGCUAGGCCAAGAGGUUGGCUAUACCAUCAGAUUCGAAGAUGUUACUAGUCCGGCGACCAAGAUCAAGUACAUGACGGACGGAAUGUUACAACGUGAAAUUCUGAUGGACCCUGAUCUCAAGCGUUACUCGGUCAUCAUGUUAGACGAGGCCCACGAGCGGACAAUUGCAACCGAUGUGCUAUUCGCGCUGCUCAAGAAGACGGUUAAGCGGCGGCCGGACCUUAAGGUCAUUGUCACCAGUGCUACCCUUGACGCAGAGAAGUUCAGCGAGUACUUUAACUCGUGUCCUAUUUUCACCAUUCCUGGCCGAACGUUCCCCGUGGAGAUUCUCUACUCUCGAGAACCGGAACCGGAUUACCUCGAGGCAGCUCUGACUACGGUAAUGCAGAUCCACUUGACGGAACCCCCAGGAGAUAUCCUAGUUUUCUUGACCGGCCAAGAAGAAAUUGAUACAGCCUGCGAGAUCCUAUAUGAGCGAAUGAAGGCAUUGGGGCCUAGCGUCCCAGAGCUCAUCAUACUGCCGAUUUACUCUGCGCUGCCCAGCGAGAUGCAAAGCCGAAUCUUUGAGCCAGCACCUCCUGGCAGUCGUAAAGUGGUCAUUGCCACAAACAUCGCUGAAACAUCCAUCACGAUCGACUACAUCUAUUACGUUGUUGAUCCCGGCUUCGUGAAGCAGAACGCCUAUGAUCCAAAGUUGGGAAUGGAUUCUCUUGUGGUCACCCCUAUUUCCCAGGCUCAAGCCAACCAACGUGCUGGACGAGCCGGUCGUACAGGUCCGGGCAAGUGCUUUCGGUUGUAUACGGAGGCUGCAUACCAAUCAGAAAUGCUUCCAACGACUAUCCCAGACAUCCAACGACAAAAUCUAGCCAAUACGAUCCUGUUACUUAAGGCCAUGGGUAUCAACGACCUUCUUCGUUUUGACUUUAUGGAUCCUCCGCCCGUCAACACAAUGCUUACUGCACUCGAAGAACUUUAUGCACUGGGCGCUUUGGACGAUGAAGGCCUGCUGACUCGCCUGGGAAGGAAGAUGGCCGACUUCCCCAUGGAGCCCUCUCUGUCGAAGGUCUUGAUCGCCUCUGUCGACAAGGGCUGUUCGGACGAAAUGGUGACAAUUGUUUCCAUGCUCAACCUACAGCAGAUUUUCUACCGACCAAAGGAUAAGCAGCAGCAAGCCGACCAGAAGAAGGCCAAGUUCCAUGAUCCGACGGGAGACCAUCUUACCCUUCUCAACGUCUACAAUGCCUGGAAAAAUAGCGGUUACUCCAACGCCUGGUGUUUUGAGAACUACAUCCAGGCGCGGGCCAUGCGUCGUGCUCGGGAUGUACGGCAGCAGAUCGUCAAGAUCAUGGAACGCCACCGUCAUCCCAUCAUCAGCUGCGGGCGUGACACCGACAAGAUCCGGCAAGCGCUCUGCGCUGGCUUCUUCCGUAAUACGGCACGCAAGGACCCGCAAGAGGGCUACAAGACACUGACCGAGGGCACGCCGGUGUACCUACACCCCAGCUCGGCGCUUUUUGGAAAGCAAGCCGAGUGGGUGCUUUACCACGAGCUGGUACUGACAACUAAAGAGUAUAUGCAUUUUACGACGGCCAUUGAGCCCAAGUGGCUCGUGGAAGCCGCUCCAACAUUCUUUAAGCUCGCGCCGACGGACAGGUUGUCGAAGAGGAAGAAGGCCGAGAGGAUCCAGCCCUUGUACAACAAGUACGAGGGUGAAGAUGGCUGGCGUCUCAGCGCUCAACGGAGGGCUGCACGGCCGGGUGGUGGUGGCGGUACCUGGGGCUAA